CGAAAUGGAAAGCAAAGGAAUUAGAGUCAAUGUUGUUACCUACAACUCCCUCAUAAGUUGCCUUUGUCAUUACGGAAGAUUGAGUGAUGCCUCUCAACUACUUAGAGAUAUGAUUGCGAGGAAAAUCAACCCUGAUUUGUUCACUUUCAAUGCAUUGAUAGAUGUGUUUGCGAAAGAGGGGAAGCUUUUAGAGGCUAAAAAGUUGUACAAGGAGAUGAUCCAAAGGUCCAUAGACCCUAAUAUUUUCACUUACAAUUCAUUGAUCAAUGGGUUUUGCAUGCACGAUCUCCUAGACAAGGCUAAGCAUAUGUUUGAAUUCAUGGUUAGCAAGGAUUGCCUCCCAAAUGUAGUGACAUAUACUACUCUCAUAAAGGGGUUCUGUAAAUCUAAGAGAGUAGAAGAAGGUAUGCAACUCUUCCGCGAGAUGUCUCAAAGGGGAUUGGUUGGCGACACAGUCACUUACACCACUCUUAUCCAAGGUUUUUUUCAGGCUGGCGACUGUGAUUCUGGCCAAAUGGUAUUCAAACAGAUGGUUUCUGAUCGUGUGCCUGCCAGUAUUAUGACGUACAACAUCUUAUUAGAUGGGCUUUGUAAUAACGGGAAGCUAGAGACAGCAUUGAUCGCUGGCAGGGUGGGAGAAGCGUGGGGCUUAUUUUGUAGCCUCAGCCUUAAAGGGUUGAAGCCUAAUGUUGUAACCUACACAACAAUGAUCUCAGGAUUAUGUAGGAAAAGCUUAAUGCAAGAAGCGGAUGCCUUGUUCAGAAAAAUGAAAGAAGAUGGGAUUCUCCCAAACUGUGCUACCUAUAAUACGCUGAUUAGGGGGCACCUUAGAGAUGGUGACAAAGCCGCAUCAGCAGAACUUAUCAAAGAAAUGAGGAGUUGCGGGUUUGUUGGAGAUGCUUCGACUUUUGGCUUGGUCACAAAUAUGUUACAUGAUGGGAGAUUAGACAAAAGCUUCCUCGAUAUGCUUUCCUAAAACAGUUUCAUCAUCCUCCAGA